CAGCGGAACAGGACAAGGAGCCCAUCGCGCUGAAGAGAGUUCGAGGUGGUGACAGUGGACUGGAUGGGUUAGGAGGACCAAAUAUACAACUAGGAAGCCCAGAUAAGAAAAAACGCAAGGCCAGCACACAGGGACCUUCCUAUCCUCCAUUGUCUGAGUAUGCACCACCACCAAACCCAAACUCCGACCACCUAGUGGCUGCCAAUCCCUUCGAUGACAACUAUAACACUAUUUCCUAUAAACCACUGCCUUCGUCCAAUCCCUACCUUAGCCCUGGUUAUCCUGGCUUUGGAGGCUACAGCACAUUCAGAAUGCCACCCCACGUGCCCCCAAGAAUGUCUUCCCCCUACUGUGGUCCUUACUCACUCAGGAAUCAACCACAUCCGUUUCCUCAGAACCCUUUGGGCAUGGGCUUUAACCGGCCGCAUGCUUUUAACUUUGGGCCACACGAGAAUCCGAAUUUUGGAAACCCACCUUACAAUAACGUGCUGACUCAGGACAUGAACAUGCCUGGUCAGCACUUUAGACAAAGCUCUGCCGAAAACUUCAGUCAGAUUCCCCCACAGAAUGCUGGCCAAGUAUCUAACGCUGACCUGGCAUCUAAUUUUGUCCCUGGAAAUAAUUCACAUUUUACCUCUCCGUUAGAAUCGAAUCAUUCUUUUAUCCCACCCCCGAACGCGUUUGGUCAAGCAAAAGCGCCACCUUCCAAACAAGACUUUACUCAAGGGGCAACCAAAACCACGAAUCAGAAUUCCUCUGCUCACCCACCUCACUUAAAUAUGGAGGACACAGUCAAUCAGAGUGGCGUGGAAUUAAAAAAUGUCAACAGAAACAAUGCCGUGCAAGAGAACAGCCGCUCGGGUAGCGCAGAGGCCACCAACAGCCACGCCAAUGGGACCCAGAGCAAGCCACGGCAGCCCAGGGGCGCAGCCGACCUGUGCACCACCGACAAAAGCCGCAAGUUCUCCCUGCACCCCGGCCGCCACGGCCAUUCAUCUUCUGACCCGGUGUACCCGUGUGGGAUUUGUACAAAUGAAGUGAAUGACGAUCAGGACGCCAUCCUGUGUGAGGCCUCUUGUCAGAAAUGGUUUCACCGCAUCUGCACCGGAAUGACCGAAACAGCCUAUGGGCUCCUGACGGCCGAGGCCUCCGCGGUGUGGGGCUGUGACACCUGCAUGGCUGACAAGGAUGUCCAGCUAAUGCGCACUAGAGAGGCCUUCGGUCCACCGGCCGUGAGCGGUGACGCCUAACCACGGCUGUCACCUAAUGUGGUUCAUUUCUCUGUGUAGAACAGAGAUUUGGUGACAUAGGAUUUUAAUGUUUGACAUUUUGGAAAUGGCACAUACAGAAAUAUUACAUCUUAGUUCUUACUGACGUGACGUUUCAUUUUAUUGUUUUGUUUUUUGUCUUAAAUGAGAUUAAUGUGUGUGUGUGGGGGGGGUGCUGUAGAGAUACUUAUAAAUAAAUGUUCAUUGUUAUUUAUCGUAAA